GGGGUGAGUUCCUUCGUCGUCGUCCUCCACUCCACCCUUCUACCCCUCUCUACCCCGGUAGUGCAGUGCUGUGGAGCGCAGGGGGUGAGCAGAGCAGUCGUCCAUUUCGGGUCGGGGUAACAGCAGGAAUAAUCACGAUAACCAGGAACACGAAGCCAUCAUGUAGGAGGAGGAGGAGUUGGAAGAGAAGGAGCACGGAAGACGACGACUGCGACCAAGACUAGACAUCAAAGAGGAGGAGCAGGAGCAGGAGGACGAGGAGGAGGAGGGAGGAGAGAGGAAGAAGAAGGGAGGAGAGAGGAAGAAGAAGGGAGGAGAGAGGAAGGAGAAGGGAGGAGGAGGAGGAGAAGGUGGACUCGGAAGAGGAGGUGGAGCUGCUGCAGAUGGUGGCUAUGGCGACGACGGGGGAAUUUGCAAUGGCGUGUUUCAUGUAGAGGGUAGAGGCGAGUCGACACACAGAGAGGCGAGGGAGCCGCGUGCUUCUUAUUGCGCUUGCCUGCCAUGGCCGCAGGGACAGUGGGAAUGGGCCCCCAUAGAGCGCCGGACUCGCUGCGCCGCUUGCUGGAAGGAUCUUCACAAAAUCUGGCGAAGCAUGUGGAAGAGGAGGCGCGGGACUUGGGUGGGGAGGCCUUCACACGGUUUAUGGAUAAUCUGUAUGAUAAGAUUCAAACUCUAGCGGAGAGUGAUGAAGUUAGGGAUAAUCUGGCAUGUGUUCGUGCCAUACGCGAACUCAUAGAUUUGCAGCUUGGAGAAAUUGCCACGAAAAUUGCAAAAUUCGCCAGCAACCUGCGGCAUAUUUUCGAGCACAAGACGGACAGCGAGGUUCUGGUCAAUGCUAGCAGGGCACUCGGCCACUUGGCUGCUACUGGCGGUGCUCUUACUGCUGAUGUUGUUGAAUACCAGGUCAAGAAAUCUUUGGAGUGGCUUCAAGAACCGCGUGUGGAGAAUCAUCGUUUUGCUGCUGUUCUAAUUUUGAAGGAAAUGGCAGAGAAUGCCCCGACAGUGUUCAAUGUGCAUGUCUCGGACUUUAUAGAGGCCGUUUGGGUGGCUUUAAGGGAUCCAAAAAUGCAAGUCCGAGAGGCUGCUGUUAAGGCCUUGAGAGCCUGUCUUUGUGUUAUUGAAAAGCGUGAGACUCGGUGGCGCGUUCAAUGGUAUUAUCGCAUGUUUGAAAGAACCCAAGAUGGACUUGGUCCAAGUGCAAGUGUGGAGAGUAUUCAUGGUUCUUUGCUUGCAGUUGGGGAGUUGCUACGGAACACUGGAGAAUUCAUGAUGUCUCGCUACAAAGAAGUAGCUAGUUUCGUGCUCAAGUACCGUGAAAUCCGCAAUCCAUUAGUGCGACAGAGCAUCACUGCAUUGUUGCCAAGGAUAGCUCACUUUCUUCGUGAUCGCUUUGUGUCAUCUUAUCUUAAGAUAUGUAUGGAUCAUUUGUUGAAUGUCAUGCGUAAAGCUGAUGAGCGUGAAAGUGGGUUUCACGCAUUGGCUGAAAUGGCUAGUGCUGUUGGCAAGGAGUUGAAAGAAUACCUGCCUAUUAUUAUGAGCAUUUUGAAGGAUGCGAUAAAUCCUCCUCGUCGUGGACGGCCUUCCCUAGAGGCAGUAGCCUGCGUUGGUGCUCUUGCAGAUGCCAUUGGACCAGACAUGAAGCCUUAUGUUGAGGGUUUACUUGAUUCCAUGUUUGCUUUGGGUCUUACUCCUACUCUUGUGCAUGCUUUGAAGCAGAUAUCUUCCAGGAUAGAUUCCUUGUUACCAGUGAUUCAAGAAAGACUUCUUGACUCUAUUUCAUUUGUAUUGGCCAAAACGCCGUAUCGGACAACACGAGGAGUUACUCCUGUUGUGCGGCCCUUGAAAAAUGCAUGGAUGCCUUCUACUAUGGACAUUUCGGGACCCGCUUUAACUCAGCUCGCACUGAACACUCUAACUAACUUCGAUCUUCGGGGUCAUGAACUUUUGGAAUUUGCGAGAGAGGCGGUUAUUGUGUACUUGGAGGAUGAUGAUGCAGCUACUAGGAGAGAGGCUGCUGAGUGUUGUUCUCACCUUGUGGAACACUCUUCUAAGAUUGUUGAACUUAUUGCCAUUACACCUGUAGUUGUAAAUACUCGCAGUGGUCGCACCACAGGUGUAGGGAUACGCCGCCGACGACUUCUUAUUGAAGAGAUUCUCGAGAAGCUGUUAGUAGCAGCUGUGGCAGAUCCUGAUGUGGGUGUAAGGAAAACAGUGUUUUUGUCUUUACACAAAUACCACAGUUUUGACGAGUAUCUCGCCCAGGCAGACAGCCUUCGGGCAAUCUUCAUUGCCCUUACAGACGAGGCUUAUGAAGUGCGGGAGCUCACUAUAACCAUGGCUGGUCGUUUGGCUGACCAUAAUCCAGCAUAUGUACUUCCAGCAUUGCGUCGACAUCUUGUUCAGCUCCUGACAGAUCUUCGACACAGUGCUGACAGCAAGAGUAGAGAAGAAAGCGCAAAGCUGCUUGGCUGCUUAAUCAAGGCUUGUGAACGGCUUAUGGGUCCCUACAUAGAUCCGGUUCUGCGGACCCUAUUGGAAAAGUUACAGGAAGGUUCUGUUGGAACUGGAAAUAACGGUGUCAUUGCUGGGGUCCUCGCAACUGUCGGGGAUCUUGCCAAAGUGGGUGGUUGUACGUUGAGACGUUAUAUGCCUGAUCUAAUGCGUCCAAUAGUCGAAGCACUUAUGGACGGUACAUCAUUCAGCAAGCGUGAAGUUGCAGUGGCAACCUUGGGUAAAGUUGUUGAAAGCACUGGAUAUGUUGUGCGUCCUUACACGGAGUUUCCACACUUGCUGGGUCUACUUUUGAGAUUACUCAACAGUGAUCUUUCAGAUUCAGCCCGUAGAGAAGUGCUCAAAGUUUUAGGGAUAAUAGGUGCUCUUGAUCCUCAUCAACACAAACGAAAUCAGCAGUUCCUUCCAGGUCCACAUGGAGAAGGAGCUCGGGUUAAUGGAGCUGAAAGCGGAACUCAUAAUGCUCAAUCCCUGGAGGAGGUGCCUGUCGAGCUUCUUCAAUCUGGGGGUCUUUUAACCACAAAUGAAGACUACUUUCCUACAGUGGCCAUCAAAGCUCUGCUGCGAGUUCUUAGGGAUCCCACUUUGUCCAGUUACCAUCACAGGGUAGUAGGUUCCUUAAUGUACAUAUUGAAGUCAAUGGGACUUAGCUGUGUUCCCUAUCUUCCCAAGGUCCUUCCUGAACUCUUUUUUACUAUACGAAAUUGCGAAGAUGUCCUCAGAGAAUUCAGUUUCUGGCAACUUGCUUCUUUAGUCAGCAUUGUACGCCAGCAUAUUAGAAAAUAUCUUGGUGAGAUUCUCAAGCUAGUGCAUGAAUAUUGGAACCUGUUGAUGCUCCCUCUUUCACCGAGAACGGGUCCUUCAAUGCUACAUACGAAUGCUAAGGCAGGCAAUAUUUCACCGGUGUUGAAUCUAGUGGAACAGCUUAGUUUAGCAUUAAAUGAUGAAUUUCGGGGAUACUUGCCGGAGUUUUUACGCCUUUGUGUUACUGUUCUUACUGAUGCUGAGCGCACUGGUGAUUACAAGAAAGUACCCCCUGUUCUACAUACUUUUGAAGUUCUUGGAGGUAGUGUUGACGAGCAUAUGUACUUGAUACUUCCAGCUCUUGUACGCUUAUUUAGGCCUGAUGUCUCAAAUGCUCCCUUAGAAAUCCGGCGUGCAGCUAUCAAAACUCUUGGUCGACUGCUUCCUUGUGUGCAGGUGUCUGGACUCGUAUCAUCAGUUUUACUCCCUUUGACCAGGGUUCUUGACGGAAGCAUUAAUGAGUUACGCAAGGACGCUGUGGAUACUAUUUGUGCAUUAGCGGUGGCAAUGGGAGCUGAUUUUGCUUAUUAUGUGCCCUCUGUGCGGAAACCCAUGUUACGUCAUCAUGUACAUCAUCCACAGUUUGAUGCUUUGGAGACUCGUUUAAAUCGAAGGGAGCCCGCAUACAUGGAUGUCCAUUCCACUCCUCCGGCGACUGUACCACCUGUUGUUGCGUACGGAAGUAUUCCGUCGUCACCAUCGUUCCACAAUCUUAAUUGGGAUGGCGAAGUCUGUGAUGGGGAGAAUUUUGAUUCUUCUGGAAAUUCACGUCCUCUGACGGUGAAUGAAGGGGCUUUGAGAAUCGCAUGGGAGUCCAGUCAAAGAAGCACGAAAGAGGACUGGACAGAAUGGAUGCGUCAUUUCAGUGUGGAGCUUCUUAAAGAGUCCCCGUCACGCCCACUGCGAACCUGUGCAGGCCUUGCCCAAUUACAACCUUUUGUGGCCCGGGAACUGUUCGCAGCAGGUUUUGUCAGCUGUUGGUCACAGCUUAACCUUCAACACCAGGAACAGCUAGUGAGGAGUCUAGUGAUUGCAUUCUCUUCGCCUAACAUACCUCCUGAGAUUCUGGCGUCUUUGCUUAAUCUGGCUGAGUUCAUGGAGCAUGACGAAAAACCACUUCCAAUUGACAUUCGAACACUUGGACAACUUGCAGAGAAGUGUCAUGCUUACGCUAAGGCUUUGCACUACAAGGAAAUGGAAUUUGAAGGAGCACAGUCUAUGGAUUCUGACGCAAUCCAGGCCUUGACUGUGGAGACCCAGCCUCAGCCUGUUUCAGCGGUUGAGGCCUUGAUCCACAUUAACAAUCAAUUGAACCAACAUGAGGCUGCCAUGGGGAUCUUGACAUAUGCACGGAAGCACCUGCGAGUUGAUCUCAAGGAGUCAUGGUAUGAAAAGCUGCAACACUGGGAGUUGGCCUUGGAGGCUUACAAGAAAAAAGCUUUACAGUGCCAGUCUAACCCGGAUGAACUGCAGUCAGCUACACUAGGACGAAUGCGGUGUUUGGCAGCACUGGCACGAUGGGAGGAGCUGAGCAUUCUAUGUCGAGACAGUUGGAACCCUGUUGAAGUUUCUCGUUGCCACGAAAUGGCACCUAUGGCUGCUAGUGCUGCGUGGAACAUGGGAAACUGGAAGGAGAUGGAAAAGUAUGUUACUCUUUUAGAAGAUGGAACUAACACGCAGGUCCAUUUACCGACUCUGAAUACAAGCGGGAGCGGCAAUGGAGCAAGUGACGGUGCCUUCUUCAAAGCUGUUCUAUGUGUUCGACGCAGUGUCGACGCAAAGCGUCAAUCAGAUGCAGUAGAUCCCAACUCCCCAAGGUACAGGGAGUUAAUUGCUGGAUUUAAUAGAGAAAUCAAUGAAUCCAUGCAAGAAGCUAGUCAAUGCGUGCAAAAAGCACGUAAUUGUUUGGCCACCGAGCUUGCAGCGCUGGUCUUAGAAAGUUAUGACAGGGCGUACAGCAACAUGGUUCGGGUGCAACAACUUUCUGAGCUUGAAGAAGUUAUGGAGUACCUCUCUUUACCUUCACCAAAAGAACCUCGUGCUGAUUUGAUUCGGAAGAUGUGGCGGGAUCGCAUGCAUGGCACCAAGCGGAAAGUUGAGGUAUGGCAAUCACUUUUGGCUGUUCGGACAUUGGUGCUCCCACGAACUGAAGAUACGGAAACCUGGCUUAAAUUUGCUUCCUUGUGUCGCAAAAGCGGCCGAGACCGCCAAGCUCGAUCAACCUUGGUGAAACUUCUUCAGUAUGAUCCUGAAACAAGCCCACCUGAUGACCUUCCAUUCGCGAGUGCUCCACAAGUGAUGUUGGCUUACUAUAAGUAUCAGUGGUCUCUUGGGGAUGAAACACAAAGGAGAGACGCGUUCCUUCGGCUUCAGGAAAUAGCAGCGGAUUUGACAGAGCAAAACGUGGCUGAAGUAAGCGGGUUGUUUAUGCCAAAUGCAUCCUCUGAUGUUAGCUCGACUGUUGGGGGUGUGCCUCUUCUAGCGCGUGUACAUCUGAAGUUAGGCGCAUGGCGUUGGCACCUCAACCCUUCGUUAGACGAUGAGACCGUGCGAGGGAUUCUGAAAGACCUGUCGUCUGCAACACAGUAUGCCAGCAAAUGGGCAAAGGCAUGGCAUAAAUGGGCUCUCUUUAACACAGCCCUUAUUGUCUCCUACACUUCUCGAGGUCAACAUGCUGCUGCUGGUCGCCAUGUGGUUUUGGCUAUUAGUGCUUACUUUCGAUCAAUUGCCAAUGGAGCCGCAGACAAUGGCCGAGAUGGUUGUCUUCAGGAUAUAUUGAGGCUGCUCACCCUCUGGUUCUACCAUGGUGCCUCACGAGAUGUGCAAGAUGCACUGCAGAAGGGUUUUGAUUUAGUGCCAGUUGAGACAUGGUUGGCUGUGCUUCCUCAGAUAAUUGCUCGUAUUCAUUCCAAUACUCCUGCGGUCCGCACACUUAUUCAGCAACUUCUUGUUCGGAUUGGUCGAAGUCACCCACAGGCGCUGAUGUAUCCACUGCUAGUGGCUUGCAAAUCCAUUAGUACACUUAGGCAAAAGUCUGCUCAAUAUGUUGUUGAUCAAGUGCGUCAUCACAGUGGAACACUUGUUGAGCAGGCCCAGCUGGUCUCCAAAGAGCUCAUACGUGUUGCAAUACUUUGGCAUGAGAUGUGGCAUGAAGCUCUUGAAGAAGCCAGUCGCUUAUAUUUUGGGGAAAGGAAUGUGGAUGCUAUGUUCAACUGCCUGCAACCUUUACAUGCUCUACUCGAACGCGAAGGUCCUGUGACAGUUAAGGAACAACAAUUUGUUCAGAACUAUGGACGCGAACUUGCAGAGGCAAACGAAUGUUGUACGAAGUACAAGCGGACCGGGAAGGAAGCGGAACUUACUCAGGCCUGGGAUCUCUAUUAUCAUGUAUUCAAGCGCAUCAAUAAGCAGCUUCCUAGCUUGACAACAUUAGAGCUUCAGACUGUGUCACCCGAGCUUUUAGAAGCUCGAAAUUUGGAGCUAGCUGUUCCUGGAACAUAUCGGGCUGCUGCGCCUCUUGUCAAGAUUGCGGGGUUCUCCCACCAACUUGUUGUCAUCACUUCCAAACAGCGUCCGAGGAGAUUGACCAUCCAGGGCGACAACGGGAAAAACUACGAUUUUCUUCUUAAAGGGCAUGAAGACUUGCGUCAAGAUGAGCGCGUCAUGCAGUUAUUUGGGCUGGUAAACACACUGUUGGGGAAUUCACGUCUUACUGCGGAGAAAGACCUAUCAAUUCAGCGUUAUGAUGUUAUACCCCUUUCACCCAAUAGCGGUCUUAUUGGCUGGGUACCGAAUUGUGACACUCUUCAUCACCUUAUCCGCGAAUAUCGUGAUGCUCGCAAGGUCCUUGUGAACGCGGAACACCGAACAAUGCUGGGGUUUGCUCCUGAUUAUGAAAGGCUCACACUCAUGGCUAAGGUUGAAGUAUUUGAGCAUGCUUUGGACAAUUCACUUGGGAAUGACCUGGCUAAGGUUUUAUGGCUGAAAAGCAGAAGUUCUGAGGUCUGGCUUGACCGUCGGACUAAUUACACCCGCAGCUUGGCUGUCAUGAGCAUGGUUGGAUAUUUGCUUGGACUUGGAGAUAGACAUCCUAGCAAUCUCAUGUUGGACCGUCAUAGUGGGAAGAUCCUGCACAUUGAUUUUGGUGAUUGCUUUGAAGCAUCUAUGAAUCGUGAGAAAUUUCCGGAGAAGGUGCCAUUCAGACUUACUCGUAUGCUUGUGAAAGCCAUGGAAGUGAGCGGAAUAGAAGGGAAUUUCCGAUCCACUUGUGAGAAUGUCAUGCAAGUGUUGAGGACCAACAAAGAUAGUGUGAUGGCAAUGAUGGAAGCUUUUGUUCAUGAUCCCUUGAUUAAUUGGCGACUAUUCACAUUGCCCGAGCCACCUCACAUAACUGGUCAGGGUCGAGCUGGAGGACAUGGAAAUACAGAGGAAGGGAAUAGAACCUCUAAUAUUCCUUCUCCCCCACAACGCGGUGCACGAGAGCGUGAAUUGCUUCAGGCCUUGGGACAGCUUGGAGACGCAAAUGAAGUGCUAAAUGAGCGAGCGGUGGCUGUUAUGGCACGCAUGAGUAAUAAAUUAACUGGUCAUGAUUUCAUGCCCACCAGCACAGCCUCACACUUACUUGAGCCCAGAGGCGAUGGCCGGGAACUGGAGCCUGGAUUGAGUGUCAAAACCCAGGUGCAGAAGCUGAUUACUCAGGCCAUGUCUCAUGAGAAUCUUUGCCAGAGCUAUGUCGGGUGGUGCCCGUUCUGGUAGGAGAAACUAAAGAUGAGCAUAUGAUAACUUGUGGCAUAUUAUGCCCCUCUACAAAUACGUCAAUACUCUACAAGUCAAAAUCAUUUUUAUCUUUCGCCUUCAGGCUACAAAAAUUUGGUUACACCGUCUUGUCCGUUACGUUAUUUGGUCCAGAAUGUACUCUACAUGGCCGCCUUAAUGGAGCUUUGAGGAUGUCACCAACAUCUGAGGCGCAUACAUCUACGCUGUGUCGUGAUGCUUGAUCUGAAACUUGUUGCUAUUCAGCGGGGAGAUGGAUUUGUGUUGGAUUUUUAUCCUCGCAAUAUUCACACCAAGGCCGGCAGGCCAAGAUGGUACCUACAUUCAUGCCUGAGCUCGUCCAGUUUCCCCGCCAACUUGAAGUCUUAUGUGAUGACCAGCUCAUCCACUUGGCUUUCUUGGAAUAUCGACUUCAACAGAAUAGUCCGUAACGACCUCUUUGCUCUAUCACUUGAUUAAGUUGCCUCUAGAAGCUACCAUACGUUGAUGUCGGUUCCAUCAGCUUAGUGUUGGAUUUGUGUUGUUUUUAGUUUGCCAUGUGGGUUCAACAUAGGUUUAACCAAAGAGAACGUGACUUGUGUCACUUCUCAAUUUUAGUCAAGGGAAUUUUGAAUUAUUUAUGUAAGAAACCGACAUCACUGUAGGGUAUCAAGAAUGUUGCGGCGACAGAAACCUUUCCUAACACAUCUGUGCGGCAUUCUUGUAACACCACAGUCGAACUUCAUCGAUAGAAACUGAUAGUGAUGAAAUCAGGUAGUGGUAUGUUUUGCUUUUCUUGUACAUGAGAGCCCUUCCAGGCUAUAUCUGCUAUUUCUGUACAAAAUUUAUCUUGUAUAUACUUUCGUCUCAAGUCCUGCUCCUUCAAUGUCGUA